AUGAGCUGUGCCGUCAGGCAGGUCGUCACCACCUGCUCCCAGGGCAGCUCCGCGGCCGGCAGUGCCAGGAAGGUCUCCUCCGCCUCCUCGGGGAGACACGCUGCCUACGACCUGGCUGGUGGAGUCGGCAACUUCUCCGGUGGCAGUUUAGGAGAGGGGUUCCUCGGGAAGCAGCUGAGCGCCGGCAGUGCCGCCGGUGGGAGCUUUGGAGCUGCCCAAAGGGCUUGUUCCACCCUCGGAUUCAGCGGUGGAGGCAUCUGCGGUCGGGGUGUCGGUGGUGGCUUCACCAGGGUCAGCGCUGGUUGCGGUGACGGGAUCUUGUUCGCUAACAAUGAGAAGGCGACGAUGCAGAACCUCAACGACCGCCUGGCCUCCUACCUGGAGAAGGUGCGGCUCCUGGAGGGGGACAAUGCCGACCUGGAGUGCAAGAUCAGGGAGUGGUACGCCAAGGUAGGGCCCAGCUGCGAGCCACGGGACUACAGCUGCUUUCACAAGGAAAUCGAAGACCUGCAAAACCAGAUCCUGUGUGCGGCCAUGGAGACGAACAAAAUCCUUCUGAACAUUGAUAACAACCGGAUGACUGCUGAUGACUUCAGAGUGAAGUACGAGACCGAAUGUGGUCUCCGGCAAAACGUGGACGCGGACAUUUGCAACCUGCGCCCCGUCCUGGACCAGCUGGCCAGCUGCAAGACCGACCUGCAGCUCCAGUGCGAGGCUCUGACCGAGGAGAUGUGCUGCCUCAAGACCAACCACGAGGAGGAAAUGAGCUGUCUGAGGAAACAGGCGACUGGAGACGUGAGCGUGGAGGUCAACGCCUGCCCUGGCCCGGACCUGAGGAAGAUCCUGGAAGAUCUGAGGUGCCAGUAUGAAACAUUGAUGGAGCGCAACCGCAAAGAGACUGAGCAGUGGUACGCCUGCAAGGUGGAGGAGGUGAACCUGGAGGUUGUCACAAGCAGCCAGGAGAUCGAGUCAAGCAACAAACAGGUCACCGAGCUGAGACGGCAGCUGCAGGCCUUGGAGAUCAACGUGCAAGCCCAGCUCACCAUGAAAGAAAACCUGGAAUCGUCUCUGGCGGAAACCGAGUGUCGCUACAACAAAUACCUGGCGGAGCUACAGAGCCAGAUCUCCUGCGUGGAGCAGCGCCUGGCUGAGAUCCGGGCGGAGAUGGAGUGCCAGAACCAGGAGUACAAGAUCCUGCUGGACGUCAAAUGCCGCCUGGAGCAGGAGAUCCAGACCUACCACUGCCUGCUGGAGGGCGGCCAGCACGACAUCAUGUACGCAGGGCACUGGGGGCACUCACACCCCUCUGCUCUCACUCACGGGGACGUGCAAAUUCAUGACAGCAGUGGUAAAAGCAGUGUUGUGGUGAAGAACCAGUGCUGA